AUGAACAAGUUUAAGAAAUCUCAAGUUCUAGUGCUGCUUGUUCUAGUUGUUCUUCUUGUCAUCACACCUUCUUUACCUUCCUCUCUGAGGCCAACCUACUUGUAUUUCAUCAUAAACUUUCUCAUCAUGGCACUCUGUGCUGAAGCUGGACUCCUUUCAGUUUUUUCUAGGCCUUUAGAAGAUAAAAAGCAACCUGCUUCUGUUACCACUAAACCUGUGAUGCCAGCAGAAGCCACUUUUGAGAAAAGUGAAGGUUCAAAUUCCACCCCUACAGUUGUUGGUGCUGUCUUAGAACAUGCUGAAAAGUCUGCAUCUGAGAGGGUUGUUUGUGUCACCAAAGUGGACAUGGUGCAAAAUUGUCCUUCAAAGCCUAGCCUAUUCGUCAUAGGGAGUGGAGAAGCUGAUGAAGAAGUCAUGGAUGAAGAACUUGAAGCAGAAGAGGAGUUUGGAGGAGUUAAUGGGCAAGAGCUGUCUGCAAAAGCUGAGGCCUUCAUUGGAAACUUCUACAAGCAACUGAAGAUGCAAAGUGAGGAAUCAUGGAUUUAUCAAAAAGCCUUUUAG